UGUGCCUCGUGCAAAACGGUUCACUUCUCGUCCAGCUAACGCUUCUGCUUUCUGUGUGGGUGUGAGUGUGCGUGUUGGCCAAAUGCCUGAGUAGAGAAAAAGCCAAAACCCAAAACCAAAUUAUCGGCCAUUAGCUUCAGCACAGCACUUUGUUUUUUGCGAGUAGAAAUUAUUCGAAUCUCCAGCUAGACACUUUUCGCUUUCAACGCGCGUUUGUGUGUGUGGAAGGACGAGUGAUUGUGUUCAGUGUCGCUUCUGUUGCCUUGGUAGCCUCACCAACACAAAUACACAAAGCACACAUCAUACACACACACACUCACACCGCCAUCCUUGGAGAAAAGUGAAAGUGAGACGCCCCAGCGACCCGGAAAUCGGACAGCUCGGUAUUUUUCGCAUUUGGCGCACAACUUGGCUGGAAAAAAUCGAAAUGAUUUAAUGUUAAGCUAGCAAACGGAUUUAGCCAAUCCGUUGCUGAAAACAAGAACUGUAUGUGUAAAAUAAAAGAACUUAUGUAAAAGAAAUAUCUGAGGGAGAGGGACCAGGGACCGAAUUCACACUGCAACAGUAAACCCAGAUGCCCGAGGCAUUGAUUCUUCCCGGCAUGGCUGACGCAGAGCCGGACCUCUCGACGUUCGAGAACAAGACGGGCCUGGCGGAGGACAUGAAGUUCCUGGCCUCCAUGCCCGAGCUGUGUGACGUAACCUUCCUGGUGGGCGACACCCGCGAACCCGUCUGCGCCGUCAAGGCCGUGCUGGCAUCCCGCUCCCGGGUUUUCGCCAAGAUGCUCUACGCUGCCCCCUCGCCCCAGCGGAAGAGGGAAACCUCCACCAAGGAGAACAAGCUGCGCCUCUUCCUGAAACGCUCCUCGGAGCCCCUGCUCAACCUGCAGAAUGCCGCACAACAGAGAACCGGUUUCACCCAACAAUUAGCUCCGAUACCCGAGCCCUCAGGUCAGCAGCAUCAGACCCUGAUCAUUGAGGAGUUCGAACCGGAUGUGUUCCGUCAGCUGAUCGAGUAUAUCCACACAGGCUGUGUGACCCUGCAACCUCGCACUUUGCUGGGUGUCAUGAAUGCCGCCGACUAUUAUGGCCUUGAGGAACUGCGUCGCGCUUGUGCGGGAUUUGUGCAGUGCUGCAUCAAUGUGGAUACUGUUUGCGCCCUUUUGGCCUCCGCCGAGCGUUAUAUCCAGUACAAGUGCACCAAGACCCUGGUUCAGAAGGUCCUGGAGUUCGUCGAUGAGCAUGGAACUGAGGUGCUCAACCUGGGCAGCUUCACCCUGCUGCCACAGCAUGUGGUCCGUCUGAUUCUGGCCAGGGAGGAGCUAAGGGCUGAUGAAUUUACCAAAUUCCAGGCGGCCCUGAUGUGGAGCAAGAAGUAUUAUGACAACAAUCCGAACAUUGACAUCAAGGAGAUCCUGGGCACCUUCUGCGAGUACAUCCAGUUCCACAAGAUCCCGGCCAAUGUGCUGAUGCGGGAGAUCCACCCACUGAACCUGGUCCCCUAUGCGAUCAUCAUGAACGCCCUGGCUUAUCAGGCAGACCCAGAAAGCAUCGACCCCGGAAAGCUGUCUCCCAACUCUAGCCGACAGCACCACCGCCACCGCCACCACCACCAGUCGCUGCCCAAGAUCCGCAAGGCCAAGUCGCAGUCCUUCCGCACGCGACGCAGUCCCUCGGAGCGGCGGAGUCCCAACAAUGCCCCCAAUCUCACCCUGAAUACCUCGCUGGCCUCGGGCAAUGGCGAGAAGAAGCGCAGUCCACUGACGCCCAAGAGUCCGGUGGUGCCAGUGCCGGAGUCCAAGAGUCCUGGCAGCAGUUCCCAGAAGACACCCACCUCGCUGUCUCGCCAGGGAACUCUGCGCGCCUCGAAUCGCCGGAAGAACAGUGGCCAGCUCUCCAUAUCGCUGGGCACCCAGGGCAGGCGAAGUCCCGUGGGCCUCAACGAUCGCAGUCCCCAGGGACGACGAAGUCCUCUCUUCCCGAGCAGCGGAUUGAGGUCACCGAAUGACCCGAUGACCAGUCCCACGGUCAGAAGUCCCACUGGAGAACCACGGCGAAGUAGUCCCACCUUCAGUGUGCACACACAGGAACGUCGUUCGCCCUUGGGUGCAGUGGCUCCCACGGACUUUGGCUGCCAAUUUGGAGUUCCGGGCACCAGAAGGAGUCCCACAUCCACGGUUCAUGUGCAGGACAUGGGCACUGAGCCGGAAGAGGCGAGCUUCGUGGGAUUCAAGCGACCGUCGAUCAGCCUAUUCACACCCAUUUAUUUCGCCAGUGAGAAGCGCUCCCCCAUGGGUCCCAUACCCCCGAUAACCGUAUCCAAUCCCGCCGAGACUUACAAGAGUGCGGAGCGGGAACGAGAGGCGGCGGAGGCGGCUGCCCGUGAGCGGGAAAGGGAGAAGGAGAAGGAGGCAGCCCAGCCGCAGGAGAAGAAGAGCGUGAUGCGCGAGAUCCUGGCCUUUGUGAGGAAGCCCUCCAAGCAUCUGAGCAGCCGAACGAAUCGCUUUGCCAACGCCUUCACCAGAGCGGAAUCGGGCUCAUCCGGAGGACCUUUGAUAAGGCAGAGCACCUUCUCGGCCAGUCCAGCGGCUUCCUCCACGGCUGCCAAGAGUGCUGUCCAGAAGCAAAUGUCCGAGGUGGGCUUCGAGCCCAAGAUAUCCCAGAAGUUCACCCACUACGCCAAGAUGUCCUUGAGGCUAAGGAGAUCCACGAAGCGCGACGAGGAGGAAAAGGAUAAGGAUAAGGAGAAGGAGAAGCAGAAGCAGGGCUCCGCCUCCGGUUCCAAGAGGCCCAGUGCUGACCUAAGUCAGGCCAACGUGGAGCAACAGGUAGGUGGAUCCUCGGACGAGCUGCCCUUCGAGCUGGCCAACGUGCACUUCGAGAAGGUAGGUGAGUCGUAUAUCAAGCAUGAGAGGCUUCGCGAGCUGCAGGAACCAGAGGCCGACAAGGAGGAGGACACCGAACAGGACGCCGAACCGAAAGCGGAAGCCGAGGUGGAGCAAACGGAUGCAGCCAUGGCCCAGUUCGUGGAAGAGGUCACCAACUCGCUGAACGUGGUGGCCCUCAACGGCGAGGGCGGCGCUGCUGCAGUGCAUCACUUCACCCGCCGCUCGGAGAGCCGUGAGCCCAUCGAGCCGCGGAUUAGCGAGGAACGGGAGUCGGACUCCAACGACCUGAUGAUACCCGACGAAAUGCGCGCCGAGCUGGUAGAGAUUUUGAAGGCCUACGCCCCCGAACCAGUUUAUGUGAAUCUGCAGGCACUGCGGCGGGAGACCGAAGAUGCGGAUCUGGCCAUCGCCCAGGCCGAAGCCGCUGUCCUGGCGGCCUCGUUGGCUGAGCCCGCGAAGAAGCCGCUGCAGUGUCCUACCAUCGAGUUUGAGCCGCCGUCGCGACGCUCCUCCUUUGAUCCGCCGCGUUCCCCCUUUCUCGAGCAGCUCCGCAGUCCCGGGGUGGACACGGAAACCGAUCUGAUCAAUCUCCAGCGCUUGGAUUCCGGCGGUGACAGCUUCGAGCUGGUGGAGAGCAAGUGGAGCAAGUCCAGUCGCGGGGAGUCCAGCUUCGAUUGUCCCUACUCCUCCAGGGACACCAGCUUCGACGUCUCCAUUUCGCGGUAUCAGUCCACUAGCUACGAGGAUCAAACCUCCAGCUUUGAGAUUGUCGAUACCGAUGAGAAAGCAGGGCAGGGCAAAAGGGCUGUAGAUCUGCGCAAGAGCUCCAUCGAGCUGGUGGACGCGGAGACGUUUCAGAGGUCGGGCUCCUCCUGCGGGGGUCGCAAGUCCUCGCUGGAGACCCACUUUGAUUACACGCCCACCGAGGGAGGCGGCGGCGGCGGUGGCCGUUCUCCCAGCCUUCCGUUUCCGGCGAUGAGCAAGAAGCAGCGCACGGAGAACUUCCGCCAGCUGCACGUCUCCCAGUUCAGUGCCUUCUCCAGGGCACGCAGUCCACUGUCCCAGCAGACCUCCUCCAACUAUAGCUCCAGGGAUAGCUACGACUCGAGUGGCUCCUAUCCCCACGGCUAUGGCUAUCCCCCGGAGCCCCAGAGGAGUCCUUACGGAGACCCCACUCGCAAGCACUUCCCCCUGACAGUCCGCCAGAAGGGCGAGGAGGAGCGCGAGGUGCGCACCUUCCUCUGCACCGAUCAGAGAUGUGCCUCGAUCUUCGAGCCGCGUCCCAGUUCCGUGCUCACCCAGCAGCUGUCCACCGGCUCCAUGUCCACCCCAUCGGGCUACACCAACGGGACUCCCAGGGUUCCAGGCAUUGCUGCCGUGGGACCUGUUCCCCUGCCCCAUCCCACUGGACCGCUCUCCUCCUGCGGCUUCUCCAGCGGCAGUGAGUUCGAGCCUCCGUCGCCCAGAAGGGCGGCCAGCGCCUCGCCCAAGCACACCUUCACAUUCCGCAUCGUGAUGAAGAAGGUGGACAGCUCCCCGGAGGCGUUGUGCCCGGAAAGGCAUCGCUCGAGGAUCAUAGAUCGUUACAGGAGGCGCGACAGUCGCCGGAAGCGAAUCCACGAUGCGGGAAAAAGCUUCUAGGGGGCUUCUAAUGGCAGCCAGUGAUGGGAAAAGUACUUAGAUAGCAAGAGGGCAUUAAGGACAUACAUGAUAAAUCAAAGUAAUUGUUGCACAAAAUAUCACAGUCAGUUGAUCUACCUUAAAUACCUUAAUUCCAAAAGAUAUACCUUUAAAUAACUGCCUUUUAUAACCUUACAUCGGGUGUUAUAUCACCAUUUCAAAAUAUACGCAAUAUACUCGUAACUUAAAGAAAAUAUCUCAGAUUAAAUCAAAAGCUCUAAUGCCGAAUCAAAUCCUCAAGUAUAAUAGCAUAUUGCUAGGGAAGAGAACUACACUUAAAAAGAAACAUUUCGAUGUUCAGUAUGUUUAAGAUAAAUGAAUAUUUAAGAUCAGAAUACAAUUUAUACAUGUUUGCGUGUGAGUCUAAGCCAUUCGAUGUUAAGUACCUGUAAUUGCAUAUUUUUUGUAAAGUACUAUAUUCUUUAAAACAGUUAUAUACUAGAAACGUAAAGGCAAAACCAGUGUCUGAAUUGUAGGCAGAAUUUGUGGGGUGUUUUUCAAAUAAUCCUUUUAUUGGUAGCUAGUUUCCUACUUCCCAUCGCUGGUACCAAACCAGGUAAACCUCAUAACACAUUCGCGGCAAUCUCUUGAUAUCUCUACGAUACGCAUAUAUUUUUGACAAUCUCAGUGUUGAAUCUAUAUAGGACCUCCCAUAAUCGCAAUCUCUUAGGCUUAAGAAUAACACCGAACUACCGGCGUUCGGCAAUCAAACUUUAUAAAAUGGUUCUGGUUUUUAGGCCGUUUCAAAAGCUCUACCAAAAGCGCGAACUUCGGCCCACCGAAGUCAGUCGAUCCGGCCCCCGCCUUAUCGGGGGACUGGCACUUAUGAUCUCUGCUGAUUUGUCAAGCAACCCUCAUUAGAUCCAUGGUUACAAACUGAACGACUGCUUAGGCAGCUAACCGUAAAUGUGUAUUCUAAAUAAUUAACAAACUUAUGCGCAACAAUAAUUCCUCCCACGAUUUACCUGACUACUAUUUAAACAACAAUAGAUCAAAAGUUUAUAUGUAUACGUGUGCAUAAGAGUUGACACUUCGAUGUUGUAAUUAAUGUGGAAACCGAAAUCAGAAAGAGAUAAUAUUCUAAGUAUUUGUGCAUUUUUACGUGGUUCCUGUUAUAUAGCUAUAGAUAUAUGCGCUACCCAGCGCGAGUAUUACAAAUUUUUGAUGGCAUAAUAUAAUCGAUAUACAUUAUAUGAUUCUAAAUAACCUAAGGAGUAAUAUAUUAUAAAUGUAACCGAACUGCGCUGCUAUUGCAAAAGGUCAGAAAAGUUUUUCUAGAUAACUCCUAAGACUAAGAUCAGAGCAAAAUUAUGCGCAUUUGUGUGUGCACAUGUUUGUAUAUUAAAGCUGGAUUCGGGGCCGUACUUAAAUCUUAAAAUUAUAGGAAAGCAUCCACGUUUGUGCCGCGCAAAAUGUGAGACGUGGAAAAAUUGUAUUAUCAAAUUAAUAUUUAUUGUUAAACUUUGAGCAACAUUUUUGGACUCUGUGUUUGUUAGUUAAAGAUAAUCCCCUUAAGCGAAUCCUAAAUUUAAGCGGAGUAUCCAAAGAAUCAUAAUUUACACAGUAUACACAUUGUAUGUAAUAUUCUAAAGGAAGUAAGAACAGUUGGCUUUUUAGCAAAUUAUUCGUAAGAAGAAAGAUAUCAGCAUUUUACAGGUAAUUACGCUUCAUGAGCAUUUAAUUCCAACUAAAUGAUAGCUAAACGUAACGAUAACCACACAUAAAUUGCCACCAGCCGACAUCUUGGAUCUGGGAGACCCAUCGAUCCAGAACUACACUCGUAACUAAUCGGAAUGCCAGUAGAAACGUUGAUAUUUUGAUUUGUAGUUGCUUGUUUUGAAACUAACCAACAGUCGCUGACCAAAUCGCUUGACCAGUUACACAUUUUCGAUCGAUUUUCCGUUGCGCCUCUGAAUGCUUGUGAGAGGUGGUCGCCAAUGGAGAUUGUAGCGAUUCGAAUCCCAGAACCAGAGCACCCAACUACAAUUUCACAAUGCCAACUUCUUCUAUUUGCAGAGCGUUUUUACAGUGUGCCAGCUGGAUCGGAUGUGGAUUUAGCCCAGGCUCCCGAGCAUACACUACGUUAUUUAGCAAUCCCCUUGUCCGGGUUUUUAUUCAGAGGAUGUCGUUGUCGUGGCAUUUGUUAGACUAAGUCCAGUUCCAGUUCCAGUUCAAAUCGAAUCGAAUCGAAUCGCGUCGCGUUAAAUGUUUUACUUUGCAUUUGUACUGCUAUUGUUACCGCUCACAUACAUACUCGAAUAGUUAGAGCUAAAACCUCCAUACAUUAUGUGCGUUCGUUUUUAUUGUAAUUUGAGACAAAAAUAAAUCCCAGAUUUCUGUGUUACCUUCAAA